AUCGAAUCUUCUGGAAGCGCCUUCCCACUCCAUCUUAAAACCCUAGCAACAUACUUCACUCCUUGCAAGAACACGAUUUUAGCACCUACCUCUUAUCUACAACAACUACAAGCAGCUACCAUGGCGUCUGCUAAUGCAAUUUCUACAGCUUCUAUAAUCUACUCCCCUAAACAGGGGAGUUUGAGAAAUGGUAAUGGAGGUAUUAGUCAGUUGCGGACUGGUCAGACGAUGAAGCAAUCGCAUCGCCGGUUCGCCGUUCGAGCUGCUGCUAAAGAUAUUGCAUUUGAUCAGAGUUCUAGGUCGGCUAUGCAGGCCGGUAUCGAUAAGCUUGCCGAUGCUGUUGGUCUUACUCUUGGCCCUAGAGGGAGGAAUGUUGUCUUGGACGAAUAUGGUUCCCCAAAGGUGGUUAAUGAUGGGGUUACAAUUGCCAGAGCUAUUGAGCUACCUGAUGCUAUGGAAAAUGCUGGCGCUGCUCUAAUCAGAGAGGUUGCAAGUAAAACCAAUGACUCGGCUGGUGAUGGUACAACAACUGCAUCUGUUCUUGCACGUGAAAUUAUCAAACUCGGUCUCCUGAGUGUAACUUCUGGUGCCAACCCGGUCUCAAUAAAGAAAGGUAUUGACAAGACAGUACAUGCUCUGAUCGAGGAGCUGGAGAAGAGAGCUAGACCAGUAAAAGGUCGUGAUGAUAUCAAAGCCAUUGCCUCAAUUUCUGCUGGAAAUGAUGAUGUUAUUGGGUCCAUGAUUGCUGAUGCCAUCGACAAGGUUGGAGCAGACGGUGUGCUAUCUAUUGAAUCAUCCUCCUCCUUUGAGACGACUGUUGAUGUUGAAGAAGGAAUGGAGAUUGACAGAGGAUAUAUCUCCCCACAAUUUGUUACAAACUCGGAAAAAUUGAUAGUUGAAUUUGAGAAUGCUCGAGUGUUGGUUACUGACCAAAAAAUAUCUUCCAUAAAAGACAUAAUUCCCUUGUUGGAAAAAACCACUCAAUUGAGAGCUCCUUUGCUAAUUAUUGCGGAGGAUGUUAGCGGGGAGGCUUUGGCCACUCUUGUCGUAAACAAGCUGCGAGGUAUCCUUAAUGUUGCUGCCAUCAAGGCCCCUGGUUUUGGUGAGAGGAGAAAAGCCCUGCUUCAAGAUAUUGCUAUCAUGACAGGAGCCGAGUACCAAGCCACAGACUUGGGUUUACUUGUUGAAAAUACCUCUGUGGAGCAGCUUGGCAUAGCCAGGAAGAUCACGAUCAGCAAGGACUCUACGACCAUCAUUGCUGAUGCUGCAUCAAAGGACGAGAUACAGUCUAGGAUUUCCCAGAUCAAGAAGGAGUUGUUCGAGACAGAUUCUGUCUAUGACUCUGAGAAACUUGCUGAGCGUAUUGCAAAGUUGUCUGGUGGGGUUGCUGUUAUAAAGGUGGGUGCUGCAACUGAAACAGAGUUGGAGGACCGCAAGCUUCGUAUUGAGGAUGCUAAAAAUGCAACAUUUGCUGCCAUAGAGGAAGGAAUAGUACCUGGAGGUGGUGCUGCAUUCGUCCAUCUCUCAACCUUAGUUCCUCUUAUCAAGGAGAAGCUCGAUGAUGCAGAUGAACGUCUAGGAGCUGAUAUUAUCCAAAAGGCACUGGUGGCACCAGCAUCGUUGAUAGCACAAAAUGCUGGAAUUGAAGGGGAGGUGGUUGUGGAGAAGGUAAAGGCGAGCGAAUGGGAGAUGGGUUACAAUGCAAUGACAGACAAGUACGAGAAUUUGGUAGAGGCUGGAGUUAUCGAUCCGGCAAAGGUGACGAGAUGUGCGCUGCAAAAUUCAGCUUCGGUUGCUGGAAUGGUCCUGACCACACAGGCUAUUGUUGUGGAAAAGGCCAAACCCAGGUCAGGUGUGGCUGGUGCACCCCAAGGUAUGACGGUAUAAUGACCAAGAUUGAGUGGGGUUGAUUACGAAUUUAGGUAGAAUAAAUAUGAUGGUGGCGUGGACGUAAGGUGUAGGCAGCGAGACUUGAUGGGGUCUGUUUUUGUAGUAUUGAGCUGAAUGGUAUCUGGUAGAUGGAGAUUGCAAUUCUUAUGUGAACAUGGUUUUCAAAGCAUAAUUGAAGAUGAGCCUUUUUCUUUCAAGUCUUGUUGUUGGUUUUAAUCCUUUUGGUGCAUCAUGGAAUGUAACUAAUACAUAUCAUUCUUUUUCA